AUGGCCAACGCGCGCUUGCUUCCGGUGCUGCAUGUGGAGCUUGGACAGGCCAACCACAAGUCGAGAGCUCCGCAGGAGGCGAUGCCGCAGGCUUCACCUUCAGGUCUGAUUUCAUACCCUUGGUGCAGCUCCGACCCCUGGGAAGGCUGCCAAGAACUCGCCGAGGAAGACUUCGAAGCUUUCCAGACGGACUUCCAACAGAGGCGGAAGGCACUCGAAGCGCGGGCAGCGCGCGUCUCCGAGGAGUCUCAAUCGCUGACAAGUUUGUCAACCACCUGCAGCAGCAAAAGCUCCUGCUCCUCCGCACGGUUAGAAGGCACUCGCUGCGAAGGCCUUGCCUCCAUCGACGAGCCCCAGGAGGAUGAUGCUUGGGAGUUGGAAUUUCUGCACCGGGUCGAGGAACUGAGCAAGAAGGAGGCCGACAUGCAGAGUCCUGUGCGUCGUCUGGCCAGGCGGCACAUCCGGGAGACCAAGGCUGCGUCAGGGACAGCAUCCAUCUCCGAAGCGUUUCACAAGGGUCGCUCGGAGCAUUGA